AUGGUAAUGGAAGUUAGGAGGAUUCCUAACGUUUUAGUGGUGGGAACUCCAGGUUGUGGGAAGAGUACCUUAUGUAACAGCGUUUUGAAGAGACUCGAUGAUUUGUCGAGUUCCAAAUCCUUGAAUGGAUUUUCCAUGACCCAUUUGAACAUCGCAAAUCUGAUUAAGGACAAGAACCUUUACUACGAGUGGGACGACGAAAUGGACUGUUCAGUUUACGACGAAGAGCUUUUGGCUGAGGAGUUGAGCUCUUACGACUUUUCAAAGGGCGGGUUUCUAGUCGAGUUCCACAGUGUUGAGUUCUUUGAAAAGUCUCAAUUCGACUGCGUUUACGUUCUUCUAACUGAGAUUGAAAUUUUGGCCCGGAGACUGGAAGCUCGAGAUUACACCGAAUCAAAGGUCAAACAAAACCUCCAGUGCGAGAUCUUCCAAACUUGUCUCUACGAUGCCUAUGAAGUAUUUGGGCGCUCCAAAGUCAAAAGUCUAAACUCUAACACUGAACAUGAUCUUGAAAAUAACACUGAAUUGUUAUUCAACUACCUUACUAACUCAUCUUAA